AGCGCGAGCGCGAACAUGCCCAGCCGCGGGGCACUGUCUACGGGUCUGUCGGCGCGACCGGUCAUCGUUUGGAACGGCGCUCAGUAUACGGCGAGCAGCAGGGAAUUGGAGCUGGAGCUGCUGCGACGCGACUACGGCUUGGAUGAGCGCAUGCUGGAGGCGACGCUGGUGCCGCGCUAUAAACGCCACAAGCCUCAAGCCAGCGCCAAGAACGCGCACGUGCGACACACAAGCUCCGCCGGUAUCUCGACGACCAACAACAACUCCAGCAGCAGCCCUGCCUCAGACUGGAUAUUGCGGCAGGGCAACAGCAGCGUUGCCCAAAUCAAUUUUCAUCCCUGGACCGAGCUGGGCGAACGCAAAUUCUCGCAUUUCGAUCUGGUGCCCUGGCGGCGCACGCGCAGCGCCUUGGACUUAAGCUCUGCCGCGGAUUACAGCGGACACAGCAACGACAUCGCUGAGAAGUCGCUGCGCGGCCUCGAGAAGCUCGAGCUGCGCCACAAUCGGCGGCGCCUGCAGCGCGCGAGGUCCACGCAACAGGGGCUGCGGCGCCAGGUGCGCGUCCGCCUCAUAUUCUCCAUUGAGCUGCGGCACAAGCGCAUGGAGCUGCUGCGCCAGAGCGCGCUGCCAAUGCGCGUCUUCGAGCAGCGCUUCGCGCUCAGCGAAAAUGAGAGCGCCGCCUACGAGCGCAUCCUGCUUGAUGCCAAUGCUGGCGUCGAGCAGCAUGUCGGCUACUUCAGCAGGCGCCAUGCUUGCCAGACAGAUGCGGCGCCAGACGACGAGCAGCUGGUGGUGGACUUCGCCAGCGAAACUGACGCCGAGGAGCUGGAGGCCGAGGCUCAAUACGCUACCAUAACGAAUGCCCCAGAACGUGAUAAGAAAAGCGAAACGUCCGAAACGUCAGUUGCAACAGCCACAGAUCAACUCAGCAAAGGAUCCCCGGGAGCAGCCAAUGCAGCGCCAGUCGCUGAAGUGCCAUGCGUCAAGUGUCGCGAUGUUGCCAUCAAAUUGAGAACGAUCAACGACUAUGCGCUAAGCUCGAAUCAGCAGCUAAAGCACAACAACUACCACAACAGCCACAUUAAUAGCAGCAAAUACAACAACAUUAAGCUGAACAAGCUGCACAACAACAGCCACAACAACAAUAACAACAACAAGAGCAGAAGCAACCAGAAUCUGAACAGAAUGCAUGCCCAUCAGCUGGACUCGUAUCUGGCGGGCAUGCCCAUCGGCAUGAACAUGCCCAGCCCAAUGCAUCCGGGGACAAUUUCUGGCAACGAAAGGCCCAAUGGAGGCGCAUUGGCAUUACAUUAUGCAGCGGCCAGGGGCUGCCUGGACUGUGUUCAGCUGCUUGUGGCCGCAUCUGUAGACAUUUGCGCCAAUACGCAAAUGGACAAUGAUGUCACGCCCGUUUACCUGGCCGCCCAGGAGGGGCAUUUGGAGGUGCUCAAGUUUCUGGUGCUUGAAGCCGGCGGCUCGCUCUAUGUGCGCGCACGCGACGGCAUGGCACCGAUCCAUGCCGCUUCACAAAUGGGCUGCUUGGAUUGCCUCAAAUGGAUGGUUCAGGAUCAGGGCGUGGAUCCCAAUUUACGCGAUGGGGACGGUGCCACUCCACUGCAUUUUGCCGCCUCGCGUGGCCAUCUGUCUGUGGUACGCUGGCUGCUCAACCACGGCGCCAAAUUGUCGCUGGACAAAUAUGGCAAAUCGCCGAUUAACGAUGCGGCCGAGAAUCAACAGGUGGAGUGCCUCAAUGUGUUGGUGCAGCAUGGCACCACCGUAGACUACAAUAACAAGAACAACAACACUCAGCGUCACAAGUCGCAGCACCAACAUCAACAGCAACAGCAGUUGCAGCAGCAACAACAGCAGCAACACAUGAGCAGCAGCUGCAACUCGAAUACAAAUUCCAGCAAGCAGACGAGCCGCAGCAACACGAUCAAAUCAAAGUCCUCAUCCACGCUCAGCUCCGAUGUGGAGCCAUUUUAUUUGCAUCCGCCAGCUGUGACGGCAGCCGCUGCCGCUGCUGGCGUUGGCCUCGGCAUGGGCAUGGGUAUGGGCAUGGGCGUUGGCAUAACGCGUAAGAACAGCGACGCUCUGUACUCGCAGCAGUCGCGCAGUUCCUCGGAGAAGCUGUAUGGCUGCAAUGGUGCCGCGGGUGGUGGUGGCGGUGGUGGUGCGGCGGGCAGCACUAGCGGCGGCGGUGCGCUGCUGCCGAACGAUGGCCUCUAUGUGAAUCCGAUGCGGAAUGGCGGCAUGUAUGCCACACCCUCGCCAAACGGGAGCAUAUCGGGUGAGUCGUUCUUUCUGCACGAUCCCCAGGAGAUCAUCUACAAUCGGGUGCGCGAUUUGUUCGUCGACUCGGACUGCAGCAGUGUGAAGCAGCACCAGAUGCCGCAUCCAUUGCACUCGAUGCAAUCAAAGGCCAGCAAUGCCAUCAUGACCAUUCAGGCGGAUGUCCAUUCCAGCUCCAGCGGCGCAGGCAGCGGCUCCGAUGAGUCCGUUUCCAUCUCGUCCAGCUUUAACUCGCCAAAGAGCAGCAGUCAUCAUCACAGUAAUAAUCACAGUCACAGUCACAGUCAUCACCAGCACCAGCACCAGCUGCGCAGUCAGAGCUUCAAUCGACAUGGCAGCAGCAGCAAUAUCAGCAGCAGUAGCAACAUUAAGAACACCAACUACAAGCAACAUAAGAGCAGUAGCAGCAAUAUCAGCAGCAAUGGCAAUCAGAAUGGUGAUCAUGACUACGAGGAUAUAUAUUUGGUGCGCGAGGAGUCACGCAAGCAACAUCAGCAUCAAAAUCAACAUCAACAUCAGCAACAACAGCAGCAGCAACAGCAACAGCAACAGCAGCAGCAGCAGCAGCAGCAGCAACUGCUGCAGCAGCAACAGCAGCAACAGCAGCAGCAGCAACAGUUGCAGCAUAAAUAUAGUGUUGGCAGAUCACGCUCCCGCGACAGUGGCUCACAUUCCCGAUCCGCCAGCGCCAGCUCCACACGCAGCACAGAUGUCGUGCUGCAGUACAGCAACCAUCAUUUGAACAACAAACGCAACAACUAUAACAACAGCGGCAACAACAACGGCAGCAGCAAUAACAACAACAACAGUGGCAGCAGCAGCAACAACAACAUCAGCAACAAUAACAUAAGCCUACUGAAUCGCAACAAGUCGCAUUCAAUGAUUGGUCUGCACAGCAGCAAAUACGAUUCAAGCAUCAAGGACAACUAUAGCGGCAAGAACAUAAAUCUAAAUCUGAAGAAUCAGCUCCUGAAUGGCGGCAUCAAGAGCGACACCUACGAGAGCGUCUGCCCGCCCGAGGAUGUUGCCGAGCGCACCAAGCAGUCGCACAAGAACUCCAUGAUACGCAACAAUCUGGCGGGUACUGGCAUGCUUAGCAGCAAUCCCAACAUAUCCAUGCACAACAACAACAGCAGCAGCAAUGGUAAUAUCCACAACAGCAACAGCGACAGCAGCAACAGCAUCAAUCAAAACGGCAUUAACAACACCAGCAACAACAACAACAUGAACAUGAACAGGAAUUUGAAACGCGUCUCCUCGGCGCCGCCCAUGCAGAAUCUAGCCGUGGUUAAUGGGCCUCCGCCGCCGCCUCUGCCGCCGCCACUGCGUGCUCCAGUGCAGCGCAACAAUUUGAAUGGCGAACACUCCAGCAACAACAACAGCAACAGUAGCAGCAACAACAGCAACAACAACAAUAGUAAUAACAUUUACAAGAAGAAUCACUUUAGCAACGCACCGCCAAGCGCAGCAGGGACAACAACACAAGCGACAACCACAACAACUGUUGCCUCUGCAGCCGGACAUGACGCCGUGGAUUCGGACUCCGGUCUGGAGGUUGUCGAGGAGCCCAGUCUACGUCCCUCGGAACUGGUGCGUGGCAAUCACAAUCGCACUAUGUCCACCAUAUCAGCGAACAAGAAAGCCAAGCUCCUCAAUGGCAAUGGCAACGCCAACGGCAACGGCAACAGCAACAGCAGCGGCAACGGUAAUGGAGGCGCCUCUGCUGACGCAGCAGCAGCAGCUGCCACAGCUGGCAACGGGGAGGGGCACUAUCAGCAUGCCAAUGGCAGCAUCUAUGGCUAUGCGGAGGGUAGUAAGCAACGCAGCGGCAGCAACAGCAACAGCAGCAGCAGUUAUCAGCCCUCACACUAUCACCAGCAGCAACAGUCGGUCUAUGCGCCCAGCAUCUAUGGCGUGGGUUCAUCCGCCGAAGAUCACUACGAGCUGCAGCAGUCGCAGUAUGGAGGCAGCUAUAACGGGGAGGGCGCCGGCGUCGGCGUUGGCGUGCGCUCCGGUGGCCCCAAUUUGGUCAACAAGCAGUUGGUGCUGCCGUUUGUGCCGCCCAGUUUUCCCAACAAAUCACAAGACGGCGUCACGCAUCUCAUCAAGCCGUCGGAGUAUCUAAAGAGCAUAAGCGAUAAGCGUUCGUGUCCAUCCUCGGCCCGUUCCACGGACACGGAGGACUACAUGCAAAUCCAGAUCGCACAGCAGCAGCAUCAUCAUCAUCAGCAUUCGCAUCAGCAUCCGCACCAGCAUCAGCAUCAUUCACAUGCUCUGGGCGUGGGCGAGCAGCCGCCGUUGCCGCCACCGCCGCCCCCGUUGCCGCAUAUGAUGCCGCCCCCAAUGCCAAUGAUGCUGUCGGCCAUGGCUGGCGAUGCGACCAGCAAGUCACAGAAGCCCAAGAAGCCGCACGGCUCAGCUGGGCCCAGCAGCCAGGAUACGGCGACGCGCAAGCAGCAUCAACCGCUGUCCGCAAUUUCCAUACAGGAUCUGAACAGUGUACAGUUGCGACGCACGGACACACAGAAGGUGCCGAAGCCCUACCAGAUGCCGGCACGCAGUCUGAGCAUGCAGUGUUUAACGACCAGCACGGACACAUAUCUGAAGACGGAUCUGAUAGCCGAGCUGAAGAUCUCAAAGGAUAUACCCGGCAUCAAGAAGAUGAAGGUCGAACAGCAGAUGGCCAAUCGCAUGGACUCGGAGCAUUAUAUGGAGAUAACCAAGCAAUUUACGGCCAACAACUAUGUUGAUCAGAUACCAGAAAAGGAUCAGGCCGGCAAUGCCAUACCCGACUGGAAGCGCCAGAUGAUGGCAAAGAAGGCAGCCGAGCGUGCCAAAAAGGACUUUGAGGACCGCAUGGCCCAGGAGGCGGAGUCGCGUCGCCUCUCGCAGAUACCCCAAUGGAAACGCGACUUGCUGGCGCGUCGCGAAGAAACUGAAAACAAGCUGAAAGCGGCCAUCUAUACGCCCAAAGUGGAGGAGAACAAUCGCGUUGCGGACACCUGGCGCCUCAAGAAUCGCGCCAUGUCUAUCGAUAACAUCAAUUUGGCCACCUGCAGCGCCGGCGGCGGCCUCAACGUCGAGCAGCACUAUCAGCAGCUGCAGCUGCUCCAGCAGCAGGCGCAUCCACAGGGCAACAAGGAGAACCACAACGAGGGCUGCACAGCAGCCAAGGCCGGCGAUUGCGAGCCACCACUGCAGCAGCAACAGCAGCAGCAGCAACAACAGGAUGCACUGGAUCAGGGCGAGGACGAUCAGGAUGAUAGUGACAACAUUAUUCCCUGGCGUGCACAGCUCCGCAAGACCAACAGUCGCUUGAGCUUGAUCUGAAUUGGCCGUCUCCGCGCUUAAGUCUCUUGUAGUGCAUUUUUUUUUGUUUAUUUUUUUUUUUUUUCUUUCAUACGAAUAUAUUUAACUUAACGAAUGUGCAAUUAUAUCACAUGAUAUAUA